AUAUACAGAAUACGAAGAACUGCCAAUUUGACACGGGUACGCAGUUUUGGCGCGGGCGAAAAAUAAACAGAGUUCACAGAAGAGCACUACUUUUAAUCUACAAUUAACCAACACCUCAUCAACAAAAAGCAGGGCGGCUGGUACCCAGGUGCUUUAUAGAAAUGGAUCUCCCCAGUAUACAGCUGUCUGACCUUAAAUUCGAUUCAGACCUGUCACAUCUGUCGAAUGAUCAAAAUGAAACGCGUAUCACUUUAUCAUCAGCAAAAGAGAUGUUAGCCAUCAAAGGUAUGACAUUGCUCUGGUAUAGAGGUGACUUACUAGCCAGAAAGCUCGAAUAUGAUACUGAGAUUACCAAUGCAUUUUUCACUCACUUUGAAACCUCCAAAAAUGCAAAAUCGAGUACUACCACUGAAACGGUUUUAGUCGUACUUUUAGAGGAGAUGGUUUACAUUUACUAUGAAAGUGGAAGAUCUUACACUCUUAGUUUCCCCUUCAAGAUACUGAAUGGGUUUCCAUAUGAAAAUGGGGUUGUGAUUGAAAAAAUUGGGGGUUCAUUUAAUCCUUUCAUCACCAUGACUGGUCCCAUGUCAGAGUUUGGUUGCCUAGUCCCUUCUUCCACCUCAUCCAUUUCACAAGAUGAAAGAAUUGUUCUUUUUCCAGAGUCCUCAAAACACUUGAUCACCAUUACUUUUGAUGCACAGAAGAGUACUCUGAACAUUUAUCACACAAGGUUUCUACACAAGUUGAACAAUUCUUUAUCAACGUUAAACCCAAGUAAUUCCAGAAGAAAGCCAUCAACACAUAGAAAGCCAUCACGAGUCAGCGUUCACGAUGAUUCGAAUGAUGUACAAGGUGGUGAAAUCGAGGUAGGGAAGAAAAGAUCAAUUUCUCAUACAGGGGUUUUAUCUAUUGAUAGAAUGGCCUCAUACGAUUUUAACAAUCCCACAAAGUCAGCCGACAUAGGAACAUCUUCCUCAGGUUUAGAGUCUUUGAGGAAAGAUGCAAUAUUGACCAAAAUUGAGAGCUUGAGUUUAAAUGGAAACCCUACUCACAAAUUCAUAGACGCAAAAUCAAUUGUCUUUGGACAUAAAGAGGCGGUGAUAAUAAAGAGUGCAGACUCUAGUCUUUUUGAAGCAUUAAUCUUUGAUUCACCCAACGGCUCUGCUACUAUAACCAAAAUUAUGACUUCAGUUAAGCUUUCAGAUCAAUAUACUGACUUUGUUCGAUGCACGCUUCCUGGCUUCAUUAUAUUGUUGUCUAAAGACAAUAGAUUGGUGUUACUCAACCCCUUUUUGAACUUGAGCACUAGUGUCUUCUUUCCAACUGACCAAAUCGUGAAGUUAUAUGAUUGUUUAGGCCCACAAUUGAUUGCUAGAAGUAUCACGGGUAAUAUUCUCAAUUAUAAUCUUACACUCAAGCCAAGCGUAAAGGUAAUUGAAGAUUGUUUGAAUGCAUUGAAAUAUUUGACAAACUCUUAUACAUUCAGUUAUAUAUGGUUGACUUGGAUAAAUUCUUUUGCUAUUGUUGAGGAUGAAUGGGACGCAUUUAUUAUGACCAUUUUAGCUUGUACUGUUCCAAUCUCAGUUACUCCAGAUGAUGUGGAUGCAAACAAUAGAGUCUCGGAAAACCUAUCCAAAAUUGGGGCUCUUCAGAAAAAAGCUAUAGAAGAUGGUUUCAACUUAAAAGAUAUGGCUCCAAGUAUAGUGUUAGCAUUGCAUUUGAUACGGGAGGAUUUGGCAUUAAAUAUUCUUAACACAAAAGUUGUUGAUGAUUUAGGAUUACUUCUUUCUCAGGUGACACUUUGGAUGAGCUGGUCUGAAGCUUGGUAUAUGUAUUAUGGUUUCAAUUUGGAGCAACUUAACAGGUCUAUCAAAUUUCCUCAACGCCAAUUAUUAGAAGACCCACCUGAUUUGAUGAAAUCAUUAACAUCGUUAUUUGAAUCUGAUAUUGUCCCAUUUAUCACUUUCUCACAACUAGCACAAGAGAGUGAACAAUUAGAUGAACAGCUCACACCAAGAACGUUCUAUGUAUUGAGAUUAUUUGAGGCUAUUAUAAGGUCUGAAUUCACCCCAAAGGAUAUUCUCAAUAUGAUGUCGGAGUACAAUAUAGGCAGGGCUGAUCUCGAUACAUUCCCAUUGGGUAUCAUCAUUCCUUUGAGUGAAGCCAUCACAUUUUGUCAAGAGUACGUGUCUGGAAUAGAUGAGGAGUUUGUUCAGUUUGAUUUAAUCGAAAGAAAAGAUUUGAAAAGACUUCACUCUCCAGAUGAUAUUUUUCAAAACAGGCUUCUGGUUCAACCUUACCAAAAUCAGCAACUUAAAGAUGUGCACCAGAUCACAACAUCGAUAAAUGAUCCAGCAGAGACAAUUGCACCGGUAGAGUAUGACAGAUUUAAUGUUACCAAAUUGAUAUUUUCAGAAGAUCGGAGAUUUUACGAGGCCUCAAAAAUGCUUCAAACAUCAAAGAUUCAAGCCUUCAUGUCUGGAUAUUCAAGCACAAUUCUAGAAAAUGAAUUACUUUUGAGACAAAAAGAGAUAGCAAUUGUGGCAUGCAUUAGGAACCUUACUGUUCCACUAGGAAGAUCAUCACUGCUUUAUUCAAGUAAGGUCCCCUUGAUGACAGAAAAAUUUUUAGUACCAAAGAUUACUUUCAACACAUUGAUCCAACCUCAGAAUGCAACAGUUACUCUUGAAGCUGAUUUUAUUAACCAGAAUGCUCUUCAAUGGGGCCAUUUCCACAACGGUGCUUCAACGGGUUUGAGCAUUUCAAGAGACGCCAAAGGUAUUACUGGUAGUUGGAUUGUUUUCAACAAACCACACGAACUCAAUUCACAACAUGGUGGUUUUCUACUUGGUCUAGGUCUCAAUGGGCAUUUGAAGUCUCUUGAGGAGUGGAAUAUUUUCAAUUAUUUAGGCCCCAAACAUGCAUUUACAAGUGUCGGACUACUUCUCGGGAUGAGUGCAAGUUUGAGAGGUACAAUGGAUGUUAAAUUAACAAAAGUGUUGAGUGUCCACGUUGUUGCAUUGUUGCCACAGGGUGCAAGUGACUUAAUUGUAUCUAUUCCAGUUCAAACUGCUGGUCUAAUUGGAAUUGGUUUGCUAUAUCUGGAAACACAGCACAGAAGAAUGAGUGAGAUCUUGUUAUCUCAAGUAACAGGAAUGGUUGUAGUUGAUGAAAAAGAGGUUGCAGAAGAAAGUUAUAGACUAGCUGCUGGAAUAGCAUUGGGGUAUGUCAAUUUGGGAAAAGGUGAUGACCUUAAAGGUCUCAAUGAUGCUCAUAUAGUGGAUAAACUUUUGUCAAUUUCAACGUUUAUGAAGGAUGUUCAAUCGGAAGAAGCAUUUGAUAAAUCAAUGUCUGGGGCUAUUCUAGGUUUGGCAUUCAUCUAUUUGAAAACUAACAACGAAGUUGUUGCAAAGAAGCUUCAAAUUCCAGAUACGGAGCAACUGUUGGACUACAUCAGGCCAGAUGUUUUGCUUUUGAGAGUUUUGAGCAGGAACUUGAUAAUGUGGGAUUAUAUUGGUAAUACUUCUGAUUGGAUUGCUUCACAAAUCCCUCAACCGUUGGUAAGAGGUGAUGGUGAUAAUGCUAACUAUUUCCAUGUUCUCUCAGGGUUGUGUUUGUCCUUAGGAGUGAAAUAUGCUUCAACUUCUGAUAAUACUGCAAGAGACUCAAUUCUAGAGUUUUAUGAUAAAAUUACCUGCGAGCUUGACUCAUUAGACCAUGAUGAUUAUUCAUUUGAAGUGAAGGCAAGAAGUAAAGUAUUGACACAAACUCAAAUGAUCUUAGCGUUAUCUUGCUCCAUAAUAAUGGCAGCAACUGGAGAUUUAGAAACUUUCAGAAGGCUUCGAAUUAUGCAUGGGAAAGUUGAAACUACUGAACCUCAGAAUGCUUACGGCAAGUUUAUGGCAGUUAAUAUGGCGUUAGGAUUUUUGUUCCUUGGUGGUGGUCAAUAUGCUUUCAACACAUCAUCAAAUUUUGCAGUUGCUGCUUUAGUCACAUCGAUAUACCCCCUGUUUCCACAUUGUGAUAAUGAUGAUCCAGAAGUUCAUUUACAAGCUCUUCGUCAUUUUUGGUCACUUUCUAUUGAUUCGAGAUGUCUUGUUGUCCGUGAUGUUGAAACUUCAAGACCAAUACAAGAGGAAGUUAACAUUGAAUUGGUUGAUGGUACGAGUUAUGAUUCUAAAACACCUUGUCUAUUACCAAAUUUAUUCAUGAUCAACAGCAUUUCCACAUUAUCUGAUGAAUAUUUCAAACUUGAAAUUAAUGAUUUAUCAAAGUUGAAACCAAAUUUGGAGUUAUUUGUUUACAAAAAGAGAAACAUUAAAGUCUUGAGAAGAUCAGUCCAAUUGAUACUUACUGAAAUCAAUAAAAACUUUGAAAAAAAUAACCAACAUGGGAAUAGACUUCUUAAACUAAGCAUUUUUGAUGGAUUCAAUAAAAAUGAGGUGUUAUCAUUAUUAGAUGAUCCAAAUGAAUUGCAAUUUGAGUCAAAUAUAAUUGAUAAACAGAUAGAGUUGAACCAUAUUGUGCAAGAACCUAAGAAUAUCAGUGAUUUAUGGAAUUUGAAAUUGAUUUUUGCAUAUUAUGACAAGAUUUUAAGUGAAAAUGAUACAUUUUACUUGACUUUAGAGCUUGUUGAUAACCUAAAAGUCCAACUUUGGUCACUAAUGCAUUCAAUUUGAAAGAGGAAGGUAAAGAAAAUCAAUGCAUUAUUUAUUUAUAUUUACACAACUAUUCCAUCUUUUGGUGGAGUAUACUGCCUUAAAAUAACACCACCAGCCUUCAAAACUUUUGAAGAUGUAUCAUCCAUACUGUAAUCUAACGAGUAAACAACCUCCUUUAUCCCACUUUGUACGAUUUUAACAGAGCAAGUCAAACAUGGACAAGUGUUGCAAUAGAGCACAGCGUUAUCACCUAUACGAUCUCUUCCACUUUCUAACAAAGCAUUUUCUUCAGCAUGUAGACAGAGACAAGUUGACAGAGCAGCACCUGAACCAUUUCCAUUAUUACAUCUGGGACAACCACCUUCAUUACAAUUUGUCAUAUG